AGGAAGGUUAAAAGAAUGCCUUUAAUUGAAGAAACUGUUCUGCCUGGGGACUCCCUCCUUACUCUGCCUGUAGUAAUAAUAGGAAAUGGACCUUCAGGAAUUUGUCUUUCUUACCUGCUUUCUGGAUACAGGCCAUAUUUGUCUCCUGAAGCUAUACACCCGAACCCCAUUCUACAUACAAAAUUAGAAGAAGCUCGACAUCUUUCCAUUGUUGAUCAAGAUCUGGAGUACCUGUCUGAAGGCCUCGAAGGACGCUCGUCAAACCCAGUUGCAGUGCUUUUUGAUACACUGCUUCAUCCUGAUGCUGACUUUGGGUAUGACUACCCACCAGUUUUGCACUGGAAGCUGGAACAACAUAAUUAUAUUCCCCAUAUAGUGCUUGGUAAAGGACCACCUGGUGGGGCUUGGCAUUCCAUGGAAGGCUCUAUGCUAACAAUCAGUUUUGGAGACUGGAUGGAAUUGCCUGGCCUCACCUUUAAGGAGUGGGCAGCUAGCAAACGCAGAAAUAUAAAGAGUGAUCGAGUAAUGCCAGAGGAAAUAGCUUGUUAUUAUAAACACUAUGUUAAAGUCAUGGGUCUCCAAAAGAAUUUCAGAGACAACGUUUACAUAACGUCAGUAUCAAGGCUUUACCGAGGAAAGGAUGAUGAAGACAGAAGUCAAUUAAAUGAAAAUAUUUCAACACAGCAUUUGGAAAUGGAGGAUGGACAGGAAUCGCUGAUUAAGAGAAACUGGGAAGUCAGAGGUUAUCAGCGAGCAACAGAUGGUUCUCAUGUGCCCUUCUGCCUCUUUGCUGAGAAUGUGGCUCUUGCCACAGGAACCUUUGAUUCUCCUGGACGACUACAAGUUGAAGGAGAAGACUUCCCUUUUGUGCUUCAUUCCAUGUCUGACUUCGGAGCCGCUAUCAGCAAAGGGAAGUUACGUGGGAAGGCAGACCCUGUGUUAAUUGUGGGUGCUGGACUUACAGCAGCUGAUGCAGUACUGUGUGCCUACAACAACAACAUCCCAGUAAUCCAUGUGUUCCGUAGAAGAGUUACCGAUACGAGUCUAAUUUUCAAACAGUUACCUAAAAAGCUUUACCCCGAAUACCAUAAGGUCUAUCAUAUGAUGUGUACGCAGUCACAUACUGUGGACUCUAAUCUACAUUCUGCUUACACUAGUUUCCCUGAACACAAUGUACUUUCCUUCAAGCCUGAAAUGAAAUGUGUUCUUCAGAGUGCCUCCGGACUGAAGAAAAUUUUGAAGUUUUCUGUAGCCUUAGUUUUGAUAGGUUCUCACCCAAAUCUUUUCUUUCUAAAGGACCAAGGACAUAGCAUAGGUCAUCACUCUAAUCAGCCCAUCACAUGCAAGGGGAAUCCUAUAGAGAUUGAUCCAUACACUUACGAAUGCACUAAAGAAGCUAACCUCUUCGCUUUAGGUCCUCUGGUGGGAGACAACUUUGUACGGUUUUUAAAAGGAGGUGCAUUGGGCAUUGCACGAUGCUUGGCAAUAAGACAAAAAAAGAAACAUGAAUUGAUUGAAGGUGGGGAUGGAGGAGGUGAUGGGGUACCAUAA